CUCAGCAUUCAUUCAGUCGAGCAAGUUAGUUAUUGUGUAAUUUUUCAUUUUAGCAGUUGCAGUGUAUUAUUGCGUUUAUUUCAUUGUGUCUCGGAUAUCUAAGAACAAUUUCAAAUUUUUUUUUUUUUCAGAAACAAUUUCCGAGACAAUUUAGUGCGAUUUUAACUCUUCAUCUUCAGUUCUUCAGUUUUCCUCUUGGCUCAUCAUUCAAGUCCAACCGGCUGUCUGUUGUAUUCAUUAUGUAAUACCGCUCCAGAACAGCAGAUGGCGAUGAUGGCGAUGAUGGCGAUGAUGGCAACAGCGCAGCACCCUCUCUAAUGCCAUAGAGAUGUAAGCUAAUCCAGACACGUCUACGGCGCCGCCAUGUUGGAGAGGGCAACUUGUUGCGUGAAGUGUGCAGCAUUUUGAUGUAAUAAUCCCCAAACAAGCAAUUACAUGAUAACAAAAUUGUCUUUGGAUGUCUGAUGAAUUCAUAUGAUUAGACUAUUAUUCAAAAAUCAAAACACUUGAUCUUGAUUUAGGAUCAUUUCUAAAUACCACACACAACUUCUUUGCUGACAGUUCCUGUAGUUAGACUCAAUCUAUAUAUAGAAAUCUUAGAUGUCGGUGAUAAAACUCAUUUUGUGAAAAUCCACUGAACAUAAACCGAAUUAGAGUCACUUUAUUAUCAGCGUAGAUUCACUUCUUUUUAUAUGCUUACAUUGCCUUACAAUAGAAUUUUGCCCUUUCCAAUAUGGCGGGCGGCGUAACGUAGAGAAGUAGCUAGCGAAGGCGGCUAAUGCGGCUAAUGCGGCGUCUUCUGUUGUCACAUGUGUUUGGACAAGUCUGGAACUCGUGAUUGUUUUGCAGCUGGCUGGAAAAUGAGGAUGUAGUUGUUUUUUUAAGUCGAGUUUCGAGUCAAGUUUCGAGCAGAAAUCACGGCAGUAAUGUUAAACUUAUGCUAAGUCCCUCUACGGUUCGAUGCUACAGAUGGGAAUUUGAGCUACACGCAGUUUGUCGUCUCAUCUCAACAAGCAUGUUCGUGUUCGUCCUGCUAUUCCUCCUGCAGCCAGCAGAGGGCGCCAACACCACAAUCUCCUGCACUGACGACCAGGGAAACGCAGUUGAUUGGUUCUACCUUUACAAACUGCCGCGUCCUCAUGAGCAGCCGCCGGAGGAAGGUCUGAAGUACCUGCUGCUGGAGGAGCAGAGUGAGGGCUGGACGGAGGGGCGGGGUCUGGUGGGAGACGGCACGGGGGCUUUGGGGCGGAGCCUCGGGCCGCUGUAUGAGGAUGGUGAACUUGGGUACAUCCUGUACAACGAUCAGCCCCCGGAACAGCGGCGUGUGAACGAUGCAAACAGAAGUGGAGGACACACCAAAGGUGUGGUUCUGUUCGACAGCAGACAGGGCUUCUGGUUGGUCCACAGCACUCCUCAUUUCCCGCCUCCCAAAACCGAGGGCAAGUUCUCGUACCCCAGCUCAGGCAUCAACAACGGGCAGAACUUCAUCUGCGUCACUUAUCCUCUGGAGCGCUUCGACACCAUCGGUGAGCAGUUGAAAAUAAAUCAGCCACACAUCUAUGACUGUGACAUUCCCAAGUCUCUGACCUCCUUCGUGCCCAGCAUGGCUGAGCUCUGUAAACACCGGCACGGGCAGAAAAACUCCAGCAUCACAGACGGUUCCUUCUCCUCGCCCAAUCGCAGCGUCUCUCUGCUCUCGCUGGCUGGGACAGAGUUCAUCAGCUUUGCGAAAGGAGCUUCCUUUGAGAACGACCUGUACCAUGCCUGGGUGGCUCCCACGCUGCAGACGGACCUGCUGGUGCAGUUCUGGCGUCGCUCCACCGGCGUCCUCCCGUCCGACUGCUCCUCCAAAUGGAAGGUUCUGGACAUGCACCUGCUCUCUCCAGGCGGCCAGAUCACCUUCAAAGCCACUGAGGAUCACUCCAAGUGGGCGGCAAGCGCGGGAGGAGGCGGGCUGAGGGGCGGGGCCUGGGUGUGCGUGGGGGACAUUAACAGGAACGAGGCGGAGGAGAAGCGAGGGGGCGGGACCGUGUGCAGGCAGGAUGUUGCCGUGUGGAAGGCGUAUCGGGCGGCGGCGCUGCAGUGCGAGUCGUGUUCGGGUGAGGUGGAGGAGUGUGAGAGCGCACGGCUUUACCACUGACAUGUAGCACUGCACGGCUGAGUGUAAAAGUUUGUGUACCCCAUUUCAAAAAGAUUAAACCAAGACAUUCAAUGCGAGGAAUGUUUGCGUUUUACAAAUGUUUCAUAAAAAAAAAGAAAUCUGAAAAUGUCUACGUUAAGAUGUUAAUAUAACAGCAAUCAAAACGAUAUUUUAUAAUAAUAUUACUUUCCUUUUUUCCAUUUUUUUCCCUCUUUCCCUCUGUUUCCUUUUUUUGAUUUCUGAAUCAGAUUUGUCUCCGUAAAUACUCUGAUAUCUUUUUAUCCACUUCUCCAUCUCUUGUUUUCCUGAUUUUUAUUAACGCGACUGCAUGCAGUAAAGCUGCUAGAGAGUUUGAGCCAUUUAAGCCUUUCAUGCCUUAAAUAAGACUUGACCAAGUGUCUGUUUUAAGUCAUUAGAUUAGAUUAAUGAGGGACGUACAGAUCAUUACCUAGAGUGUGUCCUCACUGGGGAUUCAUUUUUACUUUUACUGGGAGCAUUAAAUUAAAAUUAAAAGGUACAAUUUUUCACCCUGAUGCCCAGAGAGGGGUGAAAACUUUUGCACUUAAUGGUACACUGGGAAAAAGCACAAUAAUGAUACUGUACAGAAUAAUGGUACCUAGUAGAGCUGCGUGAGAAUUUCAUUUGUUUUAUGGAUAUUAUUAUUAUUAUUAUUAUUAUUAUUAUUAUUAUUAUUAUUAUUAUUAUUAUGUAUUCAUAUUGUCUGUAUAGUAGCUGGUAAUGUUCAGUUCUCUUAAAAUAUAUAAAAGAUAAAUCUAAAUACGUGCACAUGACCCGAGUGCUGAGUGAGGAGUCAGGCAUUUUUAGAAAUGAACUGAAUUUUAUUUUUAUUUUAUUAUUAUUUCUUCAGUCUACUGACCCACACUUGGUAGAUGAACUUGAACUUACAUGACCUUUUUUUUUAAUAUUUAGAAAUAACGUUUUGCCCUAAUUAUUGGCCUGUGAUUGUUAUUAGUUUGUUUUUUGUGAUCUAUCACCAAGCACUAUUAAACAGUACACAUAAAUAGCAAUAAACAGAUGGUUAAUAAUAAUAAUAAUAAUAAUAAUAAUAAUACAUGUAAUAGAGUUAAGGGAUCAGGAUUUUUCAACAAGUAGUGGUUGGUAGUGUUUUUUGCUUUUAUUUUAUAAAAGUAAAAGAAAAAUGUUUCUGAUGAUAUGCUGAUCAUAUAUGCACUUUGCUUAUAGACACUGGAGCUUUGUGAUGAUCAUUUUGAUGAUCAAGAUGUGUUUCUUUUUUUUAUUUUAAUUGAAAUGUAAUUUUGAAAAGUCUUGUAUGUCUUUUGUGUCAUGUAAUCAAGACUAUCAUAAGCUGUAUUGCUGAUGGGGUUAAUGAUGCAGUAUUAAUAAAAAAUUGAAGAGGAUAAUGAUUAAAAA